UUUGUUUGGAAUUAACUAUUAAAGCAAAAAGAAGCAAAAUAUCCAUAUAUUUUGGUGAGAGGAGAAAUAUUAUUAAAAAGUUGUUGAUCUGUACAACUUGAAGGUUCGAUUUUAUUUUUCUUGAAGAAAUAUCGGAGGAAUACGGAACAUCAUCAUAUGACUGUGGCAUGUACAAAAUGUCAUUUUUAGAAAAACGUAAAUCCAGUGAACACCAAGAAAUUCAUACAAGUCAAGACCCAUAUCGCUGUGAUAUCUGUGGUAAAUCAUUCUCUGUUAGCGGUAGCUUAACGAAACACAAACGCAUUCAUACUGGAGAGAAACCAUAUCACUGUGAUAUCUGUGGUAAAUCAUUGUCUGACAGGAGUGGCUUAAUUCAACACAAACGUACUCAUACAGGUGAGAAACCAUACCACUGUGAUAUCUGUGGUAAAUCAUUCUCUUUUGGCAGUAGCUUAACGAAACACAAACGUGUUCAUACUGGAGAGAAACCAUAUCACUGUAAUAUCUGUGGUAAAUCAUUCUCUGAUGGCACUAACUUAACCCAACACAAGCGGUUUCAUACAGGGAAGAAACCAUAUCACUGUAAUAUCUGUGGUAAAUCAUUCUAUCAAGAAUUUAACUUAACUACUCACAGACGGGUUCAUGGAGGGGAGAAACCAUAUCCCUGUAUGGAACCGUAUCACUGCGAUAUUUGUGGUAAAUCAUUCCCAGACUUAGCUUCUCACAAGUGUAUUCAUACAGGUGAGGAACCAUAUCACUGA